CAGACCAUGUAUGAUGGAACUAUAAAUACGAGCAAUGCAAUCACAAUCACAUGAAGUGCAGUUUGGCUAUCAAGGCCAGUGUUGUUCGAGCUUAUGACAUUCCACCCCAUUCCAGGGGUGGGGAAACACAACAAAUGAUCUUGCUCGCUGAGGAGAUGUCGAGUCCUCAUAGCCGUUAACAUAUUGGCCUCGAGCAGUACAGGAUGACCCACAAUUAAGCAGUCCUGAACAGUGAUAUAAAGGAACAUGUGACGUGGGAGAUAUAAUAUUCUUCUCAAUCAACAACUUUUUAAUCAUUUCAACAGUGCCUGAAAGCUCUCCAACACGAUCCAACAAUUGAGUAUAAAUGGGGAUAUUUGAAUCCCAUCUACUUCUGUUAGACCCAGUGGGAAAUUGUCCCCAAGCAAAUAGACGAACAAAUUCCCAUCCAAGCACCUUCUCUAGUAGUUGUUCAUCAGUUAACUCUUCAGAUCAUACUUUACAAAAGAGAAAAAGGGUAAUAAUGUGGCCUAGAGAAGACGGUGGAUAUUUCGUCAAGGAUAACUGGCAGCCGUGGGUUCACGUGGAACGACUAUUUGAAGAACGACAAUAUAGGAUACUUUUGCUGUUGCCGAAUGGUUUGCCAGAGUGGUAUAAGAAAGAGGGCAUUAAAAUGAAGAUUGACAAAAAGAAGAGGACAGUGAGUCUUGUAGGGGAAUCACAGGAAGAGGAUACAAGAUAUAAAGAUGUGUGGUUGCGCUUCCAGAAUGAUUUCCCGAUUCCAGAGGAUUGUGACAUGGAAAAAAUUAGUUAUGAUGAUGCUGGCAAGUUCAUCAGAAUUCAGAUGCCAAUCAUUCCCAACAAAACCCAGAGACCUAAUACCCAUGAUGAUGAUGAUGAUGAUGAUGAGAGCCAAAGGAUAGCCUCAAUGCCCCAGGAACCUGAUCAUGGAAAUGAAUAUAACACACCCAAGAUGACCACUAAUGAUCAAGGUGGUAUUGUUGAGGAGCCUGAUCAUAAAAAUGAAUUUACCACACCCAUGAUGAUGACAAAUGAUGUUCAAGGUGGUGUUCUUGAGAGGAGACAGAAAAAGAAGCCACUACUCAUCGGAACUACUCUCUUAAUAGCUGCCUUUAUUAGUUUGCUUGUGGCUCAUACUUAUGACCAUAUUGUAUGGAUGAUUUAUAAGAAACUAGGCUAAUCAAGCAUUCAAAUGCAUGCCUUCAUCGAUCCAUUUCACAUAUAUAUAGAGAAAGAGUAAUGAUCACCUCAUGGACGGGGAGUCGGGAACCACAAUCCAAACUUGUCAAUUUGAGGGGCUUUGGGUGGAAUUAUUAGAUGAAGUUUUGUGAACAAGUUCUUUAAUAAAUUUAAUCUAAGAACAUGCUCAAAACUUUCAUAAAAAAAUUCUACCUGAAAGCACCUCAAAUUGACAAGUUCGGACGGUGGCUCCCGUCGAACUAUCUGACACGAUCAUUACUCUCCCUGGCCCCUGCAUGUGUGAGUGGGGGGGGCUAUUGCGUUUAAUUCCGAGUUACCUCAAUUGUAACAUAGUGAAUGUUCACAAGAAUAAGUAUUGAAGUGUAUGUAUUGCAUUUCUAUGUCGACUAAAGUCAUUCAUUAUUAAUAUGAUCCUUCCUAAAUAAACCUAAUAUAAAC